GCGUAUGGGGCAGGGAAAAUCAUGACCAACUCCAGCCCUAUUAUCGUCAAUUUCAUUGCGGGUUUUACUUGUCUCUCUCAUGUAACAAAAUAGAACAUGAGAAUUUCUCGUAUUAACAUCGCUACCUUAUAACAUUAAUCUCACAGCGAGCUCAAAUCUCAAGCGUGUUACAUCUUGACCAGUACUGAGAUUCUAGAUCCAACUCAAGCCAGGACUGAAAAUAGAUAGAGAAAAGAAAGGACAGGUGUGUGCUUAUUUUAAUUCGGAGUCUCCAUAGCUUUUGUGCGAUCAUUCUUCUCCAUCAUCAUCAUCAUCACAAAAGUGGCAUAAAAAGGAAAAGAAAACGUUUCCAUCUGAAUUUUCUUUUCUUUCGACAACAGUGUUGUUCCGUUUUCUCCAAAUUUCUAGAACCCACACCUCAUUUUCUUCCCUCCACUACCUCCUCUCUCUAUAAAACUCUCUCUCUCGUACACGGAACCUAAGGAAAAGAAGAAGAAGAAGAAUUCUCUGUUCUUCGUUUCCUUGAUUGCUUCCUUCAUUCAAUCCUCCCUCUGUUCUUGCUUCCGAGUUAUGAUCUGUUUGGUUCUUCGUCUUGGAUUUGCAGCAAAAAUCUUCCAUGGAUAGGCAGAAACAACAGCUAUUCGACACCAUAGCUAGCUCCAACUACUUCCUCUUCGGAUUCUACUGCUGGGAUUGGGAAUUCCUCACCGCUCUCCUCCUCUUUAGUUGCUCCAUCUGAACAAUCCAUCCUCUCCACCCUAGCUGAUUUUGAUUCCCUUCUCCCACAAUUUCAAUUUCUUUUAGCUCUAGCUCUCUCUCUCAGAUUUCUAGUACAGGAACCAAAACAGAGUUCCGCCUGUUUUCUUUUUUAUUUGUAUAGAUUUGACUUUGUUCACUGAGUUUUCCCCAAAAAUUUCCGGGGGGAUCUUGGUGAGGGUGGGGGAAAAAAAAAAUGGCGCAGAGAUCGGUGCCGGCGCCGUUUCUGACGAAGACGUACCAGCUGGUCGACGAUCCGGCGACCGACGAUGUGAUUUCGUGGAGCGAGACAGGGGCGACGUUCGUGGUGUGGAAGACGGCCGAUUUCGCCAAGGAUUUGCUGCCUAACUACUUUAAGCACAACAAUUUCUCCAGCUUCGUCCGCCAGCUCAAUACUUACGGGUUUCGGAAGAUCGUGCCGGAGAAAUGGGAAUUCGCCAACGACAACUUCCAGCGCGGCCGCAAGGAGCUCCUCUCCGGGAUCCGCCGCCGCAAAUCCGUCACUCCGACGAAAGCCGGCGGCCCUGACGGAGAAGGGAAUAGCAACAACAACAACGACGGCGACGACAACAACAACAACUCCUCGUCGCACUCCGGCGACGACAUGGGUUCCAGCUCGACGUCGUCACCGGAUUCCAAGAAUCCGGGGUCGACGGUUGAAACGGCGGCGGCGACUACGCAGUUCGCGGAACUGUCGGGCGAGAACGAGAAGCUGAAGAAGGACAACGAGCUGCUGAGCUCAGAGCUCGCUCAAGCGAAGAAGCAGUGCGACGAGCUGAUCGCCUUCCUGACGGAUUACGCCAAGGUCGGGCCGGAUCAGAUCCACCGCAUCAUGCGGCAGGGGGAAGCCUGCUCCUGGUCCAGCAGCGAUGAGGUUGCGCUGGCAGCCGGCGGUGGGGCGGCGGACGGCGAGCGGCGAGAUGAUGAUGACGAAAAUGAGAAAUCGGAGGAAUACGGGGAUAACGACGGCGGAGGAGGAGACGAGGACAGCGGCGGUAGCGGUCUGAAGCUCUUCGGUGUGCUGCUGAAAUGCAAUGCUGGGAAUAAGAAGAAGAGGGGGCGCUCCGGUGAAGAAAUUGGGUUCGGCGGUGCCGGGCCUCACGCCAAGGAAAUCAAGAUCUGCCACUGAAAGGAAGAUUUGGGUGAAGUGAACGAAUCUGGGCUGGGUGUCCACGGUAGAUUUGGGUGGGCCUGGCCCAUACAGGAUUCGUAGUGUCCGGAUAAAAGUAAAACUAGGUAGGACGAGAAAAAAAGAAAGACGUGAAGAAGGGUCUAGGACUCUAUAAUAAUGAAGGGUUUUGUUUUUAAGCUUUGGGAACUCUAUGUAGUAAAUUGUCAUAAAUAAGAUUUACAAGU